AUGAUAUUUUUACUAUUUUCUUUUAUUACUUUCACCCAAGGAAAUACAGACAUUGUACAAUGUCCACCAUCAAGGAUAACAAUUGAAAAUUCUCUUUAUAAUGCAAAUAUUCCGGGUCUUGCAGCAAUUGUAAUCAAUUCAACUAAUAUUCUUUAUGAACAAUCAUUUGGUUAUAAUGCACCUCCAAUAAAAAAUGAACGUCAACCAAUUGAUUCUUUGAAAACAAUUUUUGUCUUAGCUUCUAUAUCACAAACAUUCAUUGCCGUAGCUGUUAUGAAACUUGUUGAAUUGCAUAAACUUGAACUUGAUAAAAACAUUAAUCAAUAUCUACCGUCUCAUAUGAAAGUUAUUCAUCCAUUUUAUCCAAAUAUUUCUAUCACAAUGUGUUAUAUACUUUCACACACGUCCGGUAUUGGACCAAAUUUUAACGAAGAAAUAAAACAUUAUGUACCAAAUGAUGAUUUUACUAAAACAAAUCUUAGUGAUAUUAUUUUAUCAUAUAUAAAUAAUAAGUCAAAUUGGUUAUCUAAACCGCCUGGAACUGUAACGCACUACUCUAAUAUUGGGGCUAGUUUAGCUGCAUUGAUUGUUGAACAACUAGCACAAAUUCCAUUUGAACAAUAUGUACGAGAAAAAAUUCUUCAACCAUUAGGUAUUAAUAAAAACGACGCUGGUUAUCGAUUGAGUGAUUUUGAAAAUAGAAAAAAAGAUUUAAUAGAACAUUAUCUAUUUAAUUCAUCUUGGCUUGAACAAGCACAAAAUUUAUUACCACAAUUAAAUAUUAGACGAGUAAGUUGUUACUAA